AUGGACGAACUCGCCGGCCUCUCCUGGAGCUCGACGUCCCCAACCCCAAACAGCAGCAACAAACCCCCAGCACUUAAGCCAACAGGAAUGUCGUCGUUCGCAACCACCACCAACAACACCCUCCCCAUCCGCCCCAGUCCCCUCUCGUCCCGCACGGCCUCGCCAGGCCUCGCGUCGCCGCCGGCAGGGACGGCGUCAGAUAGCUUCGCGAACCUGGUGAGCUUCGGGCGGAGCAAGCAGGCGUCUGAGAACCUGUCGCUGCAGGAGCAGCAGCGGAGGCUCCAGGAACAGCGCGCAAAGGAGGAGCAGGAGCGCAGGAAGAAGAUUGAUGCGCUAUUUGGCGGCGGGGAAGCGAGUGCUGGCUUCUGGGACUCGCUGGAGACGGGGAAAGGGGGCAGUCAUUCGGCACCACCGCCUCCUCCUCCGCCCCUGGAUAAUGACGAUGAGGACAUUCUGGCGGCGUUUAGUGCGUCAGUGCCGGUGGACAAUAGCUCGCAUUAUCCGCCGCCGUCGCAGGUGUCAAACAGCUCUUACAGUACGCCGAGGAGCGGUACGCCGAGGAGCGGUACGCCGAGGAGCAGUACGCCGAGGAGCGGGACUCCGCGGAAUGGGAUGGCACCGUCGGGCUCCCAUUUGCAGGAUUUGAUGGGUUCUACGAGUUCGAGCUACAAAUCGGCGGAGCCUAUAGAUCCAUUCGACAUUGAGAACCUACCAAGCCGGGAUACACCCACCACUACUACUACAAAUAAUAAUAACAAUACAGCCGACGAUGACUUUGACAUCCUAGGUGACCUCGCAAAGCCGGUUUCUGAGCUUCCCCCGCGACGAGACCCUACACCCCCGCCGAAGCCGCAAAUUGUGGAACCACCGAGGAGCGCAGACCCAAGGGACCCGGUGAUUGCCGAGAUCAUGGAGAUGGGGUUUACGGCUGCGCAGGCCAAGAAGGCGCUCAUCGAGACCGAUUCCCUGGAUGUCCAGCGGGCUGUCGGGUGGCUACUAGAAGAAGCGCACCGGAAGAGCCGGCCGGCGUCAUCGCAGCCAAUCUCGAGAUCUGUCUCUGAGCAAAGCCAGCGCGGGAGACGCAACGAUGAGGGCGGAAGGCGCAGAGAGGAGGGUAGGGAGGACUCGAGUGUACCUGCCUGGGCUAGAGACCGGAGCCGAGAAUCGGGCGGCGAGAAGGACAUAGGUGCAUUGGCCCAGGAAAUCGGUGGCACUCUGUUUAAAUCGGCAAAUAGUCUGUGGAACACGGGGAGGAAGAAGGUUGAGAAAGCAAUUGCCGAAUUCCAGACAGAGGGCUCCAGUGGGGAGGGCGGCGAUCCAAAUAUGCCAAAAUGGAUGCGUGAUCAGCAAUUGGAGGCCAACACAAUCCCCGCACGGGCCCGGGAAACAGGAGACAGGCCGUCAAGAAACAGGUUCGACGACGAGGACAUGAGGCCUGCACCAAGGGCUGCACCAAGGGCUGCACAACGGUCACAGAAUGCCGCCCCAGAGCCGGCAUUGACCGAAGAGGCCAUGAUGUUAGAAGCUGGAAGCGGGCCUCCACCUAGGAGAAAGCAGGAACGAGAGAGAGAGCGGGAACCGUCUUCCUCUUCGCCGUUUCCACGAUCCUCAUCAGCCGUAUCGGAGAAGGAAAUGAUCCAGCGCCAGCGCCAGCUCGCAUUCGAGCAGGCCAUCCGGGACAAAGAGCGGGAGAUGCGGGAGCGAGAACGGAGGCAGCAGUCUUCAAGCAUCCCCAACAGCAGUGAGCGGAACAAGAAGCUGACGCGCGAGGCCGUCGAGGAAGACAGCUCUGUGCAAUACGUAUCGAGAAACCGCCGCCGCCCACCGCCGCCAAACGUGCCAUCGAAACCCAAGCCAGCUACCCCAGAACCCCCGCAGGGAGAUCUACUAUUCGGCGGUGGGCCAGCACGGGAACAAUCACGCAAUCCAUUCCAGCAACAGCAGCAACAGCAGCAACAGCAGCAACAGCAGCAACAGCAGCAACAGCAGCAACAGCAACAACUCCGACAACCCGCCCCCCGCCACUCUCCCGCCCCAACACCCACCCCACCCCCCGCUCCACGGCGCACAAUCCCCCCCCGCGCCGCCGUCCCCCUCUCUUCCGCCGCCGCCAAUACCUCAACAGCCUCCCGCAAAGAAGGCACAGAAGCCUUCAAACGCGGCGACUACACCCUUGCACUAACACACUACACCUCCGCGCUCUCCCCCAUCCCCGACGCUCACCCCAUCCGCAUCAUCCUCCUCUCCAACCGCGCCCUCUGCAACCUCAAACUCGGUGACCCACGCUCUGCGCUGUCUGACUGCGAGUCCGCCCUCAACAUAAUCGGCCCCGCUCGCGGUGAAGGCGAGACAAUAGCCAUCGACGGCGCUCAAAAGGACAUGAAAGACUUCUGGGCCAAGACAAUCACACGUAAAGCCGAGGGCCUCGAGCAGCUCGAGAAGUGGGCUGACGCCGCCGCAACCUGGACCAUCGCCGUGGAAGCCGGCGUCGGCGGCGCUGUUGCCGCUGCUGGCAGACGCCGCUGCGAGGCCGCAUUGAAGCCGAAGGCGCCACCCAAGCCGAAACCCGCAGCACCUGUGCGGAGGCCUGCGGCGCCGAAGACGAUGGGGGAUGCGACGGCGGUACGUGCGCUGCGGCAGGCGAAUGCUGCGGCGGACCGUGUGGAGGAUGAGAAGCUUGCGCUGCACGACAGCGUUGAGGCGCGGAUCGGCGCGUGGAAGGCUGGUAAGGAGGGGAAUCUGCGGGCACUACUAGGAAGUCUGGAUGUGGUGCUUUGGGAGGGGGCUGGGUGGAAGAAGGUGGGGAUGGGGGAUCUGCUGAUGCCGAAUAAGUGUAAGGUGGCGUAUAUGAAGGGGAUUGCGAAGGUGCAUCCUGAUAAGAUCUCGCAAGACGCAACGACAGAGCAGCGCAUGAUUAGUGCUGCAGUGUUUAGUCUUCUCAAUGAGGCGUGGGAUGGGUUCAAAGCUGAGAACGGACUGUAG